AUAAAUGCUAUUCGCCCAUGGCGUGCUUGCAAAAAGAGCACAGCAGACAGAUCAUUGGCAAACCCACGAACUGGGACGCUUCUCUUCUCCUUCACAUUGACAUGGAUUCUGCUGGAAUCAAGCAAAUAGCCAGACACAAUUCAACAUGACUGAACCCCACCGGCUCCUAAAAUCACCUUCCAGACAAUGUUAAAUGUUUUCUUCAAAAAUAAUAUUGCCAUUCCACUUGUGAUUACAUUUGUGAUUCCUGCUGCUUUACUUGCCUGUAGAUACACAGUGUCGGACGUAAUGAGAAACUAUCAAGGCAGCAUAGAAACGUUAAUAAAAGCAGUGGAUAAUUGGUACAAAGACGAAUACAGCCAUUGUUGCACAAGUGAUGAAGAUGAAAGGCCGACAUUCAAUCAUCAAUGUAAUAAUUCAACGAACAACUGUACUAAACUGAAUUGCUAUAAUCCAGAACUAAUAUUUCAGUGCAGCAACAGCGAGGACUUGUGUCAAUUGAAUUGUUUACUGCAUUGUCAGACGCAACAAAUAAAGAAAAAGAGAAACCUGACGAACGUAUUGGAUAACAUUAUAUCACAUACAGGGAGGUUUCUAUGUUGUAAGAUUAUGCACAAAAAUAAGAAUAAGAAAAAUAAGAAUAAACAAAAUAAGAAAAGGCUUCAAGACUAUACAGAAGAAACAAGGAGAAGAGGUUCUCCAAAAAACACAAAGAAAGAAAAACAUCAUGUAGGCCAGCACAAGUGUUCCCAACGCAUAUGUGAAGUAAAGGAAACCUUUUCCAAUUUAAAGACCAACUGGAAGAAAUUUGCACAAAAUGCCCCCGAUCAAUGUAAAUAGGGGAUUCUACUUAGAAGGAGAAGGAAAUGCAUUCCAUUUCUGGACUUUGGAUACAUUUUCUUUCUAGUUAUGGACACUGCUAGAAUUUGACAUUUGAAGAAAGCAGCAAGU